AAAAUGGAUCUAAAUAGGCUAAUGUCCAACUUUUUCAAUCAAAGCAUUCUAUGGGAUAUGCACAGCAUCUUCAAUCACUAUCGUACAACGGACAAAUGGUGGAUGUUGCAGAAGCUACCCUUGUCGUACAUUCAAACUAUAGCACAGGAAUGGACACCAAACGUGAAGAAAGCAAAGAGAUAAAAGCGAUACAUGUGUUGACCGAGUGGAAUUCUCAAGAGAGCGAUACAGACGAUGUGGACAACGAUCACGGCGAAUUGGAAACCGCUAAUUACGAAUCUGAAUUAUGUAUUGCUUUGUCACAAAUUCAACCAUUCGCAAAAACGGAACCAUCAUCCGAUGAAGAGUCCGGUAGUGCGCUUCCAGGUGUAAGAUACGAAACAAACAGUGAUCAUGACUGCACUUUACUACAGAACGAUACUGCUUUUGAAGAUCUCGAAAGCGAUAGUUCGAGCAAUUCUAGUGAUACGCUCGACUUAAGCAGCGACGAUGAAGGCGAACCGAACCAACACGUUUCUAUCGAUCGUGGGGGUGGUGAUGCGAGUUUCAAUUUAAAUCCGAGACACCAAAUAAUCAAAGUUAAAAUUGCGUCGAAGCAGCGUGUACCUGACCCGGAAGCAUACAAAAAAUGGCUCAAAGCUAAAAAUGAUGAAAUACGUAGAAACCGUGAUAAAGAAAUGCUCACUAAACAGGAGCUCCAACGACAGAAAGAACUGGACGAAACAAAACGCAAGGAAAUGAGUAAAAAAAAGAUUCAAGAAUGGAUGAUACGAAAGAAACAAGAAAUAAACGGUAAGAAAAGUAGUCCGAACUCAGAAAACAACAAAUCCCAUGAUAUUUCCUCGGAACAUCUGUAUUGUGAUCCGGAUGCGAAAUACAAGAACUGGCUCCAGAAAGUUAGGAAGCGCGAGGAAGAAAAAAGAUUGCGAAAUCUAACCGUAAAGCAACUGGAGCAACAGAUACAGCAGGAAAAAAAGAAAAUAUCGAAAGAAGUUUAUCAACAAUGGCUGAAAAGUGCCAAACAUAAACCGAAACCGGUUCCACUUAAUCAGGGGCCUAAUACUUUGCGUGGAACUGUGUCGAAGAUUUUCGUCAAUCCCGAACCGUGGAAAAACAACAGCGAUUAA